AUUUUUAUAAGAAAUGGAUCAACAGAGCAAUAAUAGUCUUUCUUUCAUAAACAUCUCGAUUGAUGGGAGAUCUGAUGAUUAUUGGCCCAGUCAGAGGGAGUUUGAGGUAGACAGUGAGAAGAGAUGUGGAAGUGUAAGCAAGAUUAAGAGGAAUAGAUCGAGGAGAUAUUCGAAAGGGAUUUUUAAGGUCUAUAAGAACUUUAGUUCGGAUGGAGUGAAGAAUUUGAGGUUGGAUUUUUCGGAGAGUAGUAGAAGUUCAUUAGGGAGAGGAUUGAGGAUUCAUUCUAAAACAAAGCUGUACACAAGAAACCAGAAACAAGAGCUCCCAUUAUAUCAUCAAAACAAGAGCACAUUUGAUAACCAUGAAUCAAUACAAGUUAUUAAAUAAAAGCAAGAAAAAAACAUUCAGAUUUGAUAAGCGCUUCCUAAAUGAACAGAAGCAGAUCUAUAAUGCUGAGAAGCAGGCCAAGCAUGGCCAUGUUGCCAAUUGUAGCUACAAGCCUGAAUCAAGUUCAAAAAAGGUCCUUCAGAAGAUAGAUCUAAGAAAGCUCACAAAAUAGGUUAAAAUCUCCUUACCUUCACAAAUGAGGAUUUAAGGAAUUUUUUCGAGCUCGUUAUCGAUCCAAAAAUGAGACUUCCAAAAGCAUCUCUUCUCAUGACAGGUCAAAAUCAGUGAAAUUUAUGAUUAAGAACAUCAGAGCGGUCCAGAACUCUAAAAAAUAAUUCAAUUGCACUAAAGAUC